UUGCCGUUUCACGGUUUGGAAAAUGGCUUUCACAUUUGCUGCAUUUUGCUAUAUUUUAGCUCUUAUUUUAACAGCAGUAUUGAUCUUCUUUGCAAUUUUCCACAUCAUUGCAUUUGACGAACUUAAAACAGACUACAAAAAUCCAAUAGAUCAAUGUGGAAGUUUAAACCCCCUUGUGUUGCCUGAGUAUUUCAUCCACAUACUGUUCACAUUCCUAUUUAUCACAGCCAUGGAAUGGUUUACUGUCAUCAUCAAUAUUCCUCUUAUCGUCUACCAUAUAAGAAGGUAUAUAAACCGACCAGUUAUGAGUGGGCCAGGUUUAUAUGACCCUACUACAAUCAUGAAUGCUGAUGAACUGAAUAGAGCCCAGAAGGAAGGGUGGAUCAAGCUAGCGUUCUAUCUCAUCUCAUUUUUCUAUUACCUGUACAGCAUGAUCUACACCCUGGUGUCAGGGUAGAGAGGAGCUGAUAGCUAAGAAGAUAAAUACUUUGGAGUUUUGCAUGUGUGCAUUCAGAACAAGACAAACAGUACAGUAAUGUGAUUCAAAGAGGAUGAAACACACAUUGUUUGCCAUACUUUUAACCUUGAAAUCAAAUUUAUUGUCCAAAGUUUCUUUUUUUUUAUUUGAUGUUUCUUGGUGCAAUAUUGUCUUGUAUUUCUCACAGUUUGUGUAACCGUAUUUUUUUAACCUUUGUUUAAUUUUACCUAAUGUAUCCAGUCUCCUCACUAAAGUAGGGUAUUUAAAAGUACAAAAAGAGCAUGUCAUCAAUUUAGGACAGGGGGAGAAGGGUGUUAAAGUUGCACAAACUUACUUGUGUGCCAAUUAUGAUAUGCUUCUAUAAUAGUCAAAUAAGUAUCGUUUCAAAAUGAAUGUAUUUUUUUUAAAAUAAAAAAAUGUAUUUUUUUUCAUUCUAAAUGUUUACAUACUAGUAUUUGUUAGUUGCUUUUAGGUGAAAAGCAAUGUUUAAAUUUAUUUUUCUUUUUAAUACACUAUAUUGUUUAAACAGUGCAAACGAGUCAAACAUAAGUCAUAAAUGAUGAAAUAUCUAAGUUCCAAGCCACCCCCAAAAAAUUGUGUAGGAUCAGGGAUCGACAUUGACGGCUGUCCGAUUGCCCGGGACAAGUAAAUCCUCAUUUCGGGCAUGUGAAACUGUCAAUGUACUUGUCUGAUCGGGCAAGUGAAUUUUUCUUAUAGAAAUGUACAUAUUUAGUCAGUUUACAUUAAUUUAUGAAUAAAACAAUAAACUGAAUACUUGAUUUCCGCCAGAUACCUGACUGACAUUGAUUUACAUUAGGAAAUCCUUGGUAGCGUUUCUAGAAUAUACGGACCAUUUAAAAAUCGGGUUCAUUAUUCUGUUUUCUUUCGUGAUAAAUACGCUCUACUUAUAACAAAUUUGUUAACUUCUAAUUGGGAAAUUCAUUCACAGAAUAUAAGUAACACGAUGUAUCCCAAUCCAGAUAUGUAUGUUUCAUACCAAUUGUCUUCCUUUACUGUUGCUUGUUAUCUCUGAAAAUCACGAUUCACAAAAGGAUUCUACGGAAAUUAAUUUUUAAAGAUAUGAAGUUUAUUAAAAGAAAACGGAGGGAUAAUGCUGAAUUGCAGUGUGUUAACAUAUUAAAUUGACAAGGACAGUGAUACACAUGUACAAACGAAGCAUCGAAAUUACUUUUUUAUGUAGCUCAACUUGCCAAGUUGACAGUAGUGUAUUUAGUCACAUUUUUUCUUCUCAGUUUACAGUUAUAAAUAAUAUUUUUCUUCCCUAAUUUUGGGCAACCAAGUUUUGCAUUCGGACAAGUCCAAGUCUGAGAUCACUUGCCCGAAGGACAAGUGAAUCUAAAAGUUAAUGUCUAUCCCUGAGGAUGCCCUGCAUCUGAGGCUCCAUCUUCUCAAUUUUAGUAUUUUAUCUCAUGUAUUAAAUAAAAAAGUAAUCCUCUUUUCAGUAUUGAGGGCUAAUAUGUUACAUGUGUCAUUGAUAUAUUUUUCUCUUCUUGAAUUUGUACUCAGUGUGUACUUAAAUCAGGAACAAAUAUUUUUAUGUUUUAUAGAUGUGUAAAAAGCAUAUUUACAUCAAUUUUUUUUUCUAUGCUUUAAUAUGCUCUG